AUUUACUUUAUUCAUUCUUGAUCACUUAAGUUUUUGUGUGUGUUUCUGGUUAGGUUGUACCCUGCAGAUUUAAUUGGGUAAUCUAUAGUUUCACAAUGAUGUUUUAAUAUUAUAAGCUUUGUGUUUUUUUUUUACUCUCCAGUGUACAUCAACAAUGGCUACACCAAUGGAAAACGAAAAUCCGAAUUUUGCUAGAACCGCAACAUCGUUCCGAAACUUUGUUUCAAAAGAUCCUGACUCUCAGUUUCCAGCAGAAUCAGGAAGAUACCAUCUUUAUAUCUCUUAUGCUUGUCCAUGGGCUUCUAGAUGUCUUGCAAUCUUGAAACUCAAAGGACUUGACAAAGCUAUAAGCUUUUCGUCUGUUCAACCACUUUGGAGAAAUACCAAAGAAAACGACGAGCAUAUGGGAUGGGUUUUUCCAGAUUCAGAUACAGAGGUUCUUGGAGCUGAACGUGAUCAUAUCAAUGGUGCGAAAAGCGUAAGAGAACUUUAUGAUAUCGCUAGCUCCAACUACACGGGCAAAUAUACGGUUCCUGUUCUUUGGGAUAAGAAGCUUAAGACUAUAGUUAACAAUGAGAGCUCUGAGAUACUCCGAAUGUUCAACACCGAGUUCAAUCAUGUUGCAGAAAACCCUUCUCUCGAUCUUUAUCCACCCAACCUCCGAGCCAUAAUCGAUGAGACUAACGAAUGGAUUCACGAUGGGAUAAACAACGGUGUUUAUAAAUGUGGGUUUGCUACAAAUCAAGAAACUUAUGAUGUGGAAGUGAAACGAUUGUAUGAAGCAUUGGACCGAUGCGAAGACAUACUCAGAAAACAACGGUUUCUUUGUGGAAACACUCUGACUGAAUCAGAUAUCCGAUUAUUCGUCACUGUCAUAAGAUUUGACGAGGUGAUUUUACCUCGAAUUGUUCUGUUUUCGGAUUUUCAUAUAUACGUUUUGUUCAAUUUACCAUAUAUCUUUUGAGAAUUUUGCUUUGCAGGCUUACGCGGUGAUCUUCAAAUGCGAUAAAAGACUCGUAAGAGAGUAUUAUCAUCUCUUUAACUACACGAAAGAUAUCUACCAGAUCGCGGGAAUGAGCAGUACAGUAAAGAUGGAUCAUAUCAAGCAAAACUACUAUGGAAGCUUUCCUUCUAUAAACCCUCUUGAGAUCAUCGCUCAUGGACCAAACAUUGAUUACUCUUUGCCUCAUGAUCGACACAGAUUCUCUUUAGAAAGUGACUAUACCAGACUUGAGUUAUUUGAGAGUGCAAGUUUUGUUUGUGAAUUGAAAUUAAUUGAAAUUUUUGAUUCUCUUUAAAAAGUGACUAUUAAUUAAAAUUUUUGGUAGUUUUUUUUAAGUGAA